AUGCAAAGAAAUUUACUAUGGCCCGAUAGCGAAAUCGUGAGUUUAGAGUUUUUUCUCAUUUUUUUCACCUGGAAUAGAUAUAAUAUUCCAAGUAUGCUCUUUGAUGUUUUUCCGGGAUUAAGAAGGUCAAAGAUGAAAUGAAUUAGUUUGCAAGAUUUGACAUUUACACAUGUAUGUAUACAUUUAUUUUUUGAAUAAUUCGAUCAUCAACUAAGCGCUCGUAUAAUGAAAAAAAUAAUCAUAUUCACAGAGACAAAUAAAAAAAUCAUGUAAUGACGCUUGAGAAAUAACCAUACAUACAUACAUUAUUUGAAUGUUUUAUGACUAUUAAUAUUUUCUCAUCGAUUUUGAGAAUUAAAAAAAUAAGGAAAACUUUUGUCGAAAAACCAACAUUCCAUUUUUUUGCCUUUUUGUUCCGCCGAGCCCCGAACCGAAACUUUUUGAAAUAAUAUUGACACGUCUUUUCUGCUCGAUUACCGUCACCCUCUUCAUACAAUACACUAUUUUCCAAUUUUCCAACUAGUCACUUUUUUCUCGUCAUAUUUACUCUUUACUGUGUUGAUUGAGCCAGGAGUUAUUUCGACGCUGCCGAACUCUGUUGCCAACAUUUUUCUUUUUUUUUUUGGGUUUUUUUGGAAAAUUUUUUCCGAGUAGGGUUUUUAUGUAGGAGGAAAUAAACUUCUUAUCACUUGUUUCUUGAUAGAUUGAUUUCUAAUAUGAUUGGAAUUUGAAAUAAAAAAGUAUACAUAUUUGUAUUUAUAUAUAAUCCAAAUCAUCCGGAAUAUCAUUUGAUAAAAAAAUUUUGGGGGGAAAAGUUGAAUCCAGUUUUUUAACCGAUUUGAUUGCAAUCAGGAAAUGUGUCGCACUUUUUCUAUAUCUCAUAUAGACAACAAUUCAUUAUUAUCUUCUCUCCUCUCUCUAUUCUCUUUUGCAACAUUUUUAGGGUGAAAAAGAUGAGAUGAAGAAUUUGCUUUCUGGGAGGUCACAGGACCUGGGAGUGAAUUAUAAGAAAAAGAAAAAGAACAAGAUGAUGACGGUGUAGGAGGAAGAAGAAGAGAAUCUUCUUCUAUCUUUUUUCUUUCCUCUGCAAGUUUAUUCUUCAAUCAAUCUUUUUUGUCGGGUUUAUUCUCAUUACGACAGUUUAUUCGAAGGAAGAAGAACAAGAUGAGAAACAGAAAAAAAAGAUGAAAUGCGAAGAAUCACUUCCUUCUUCAGUCGAUUUCCGUUAAAUGAACUGUUGCGACUAAUUUUUUUGUCAUUAGAAGAAAGGUUAAUGUGAUAAACAUUUCCUUGUUUUCAUCUUUUUUCUUUUACUCUUGAAAACAAAAUAACAAAAAAUUCUUGAAGGAAAUGAAGUGAGCAAAGAGUAAUUUAUUCCAUCUUUGUUUGCGUUUCCAAAAAAGAGAGAGAAAUUGAAGAAGUUCAUCAUUAAAGGUCUGUGUGAGCAUGAAUAAAAUAUAACUGGAAAGUCGUUGACCAAAGUGACAAAUGAAGAAAAAAAAACAUUCAUCGUCUCUUAAAUUCCAUUCAACUCUCGUCUAUGUCUCUCUCGAUAGCCAGUUAGUUGCUCUUUCUCUAUUUCUAUGUUUUUCUACACAUGUGCAACGCCCUCAGGCACACUGCCUGCGCGAUUUUUUUCAUCUUUCUGUCACUCUCUCUCUAUACCACCCUUGUCAAUUUUUUUCUACUCUAUAUCUGUAGGUCUAUAAUUUUCCUCGUUCAAGAAAUUUUCAAUGUUUUUUUCUCUGCUGAUAUGAACAACAAAAAAACAUUUUUUGUCGGAUCAGAAUUCAAAAAAAAAAGAAAAAGAAAGAGUAUAAUUAUAUGAGCCCUUAAUAAAUUGUAGUGGACAUUUUGUGUUGUUUUUUGUUCUUCGCUUUUAUCAAAGUUUUUUCUCGUUGCUUUUUCCCCAAACAUACAUAAAUGUUUCACAUUGAUCAUUAUCGAUUUUUGUUCUGUUUUUAUAGUUUCUCUCUUUUUUUCGAGGCAUGAUGUUGUCAAUUUUUUUUUCAUUUUCUAUUUACGGUUUCAGAUAUUUAUAGUUAGAUAACAAAUUCUUUUCAUAAUGGGAAAAAAUUCUUAGAACUGUUUGGAAAAAUACAAUGUGUAUAUAUUUAGAUAGUUAGUCUCAAUUUAAGCAAUUCUUUUGCUCUAGACGUUUUUCAAUUUUCAAUUUUUAUUUUCUGAUCAAAAAAAAAAUAAAAAUGAUUUCUCAUUCGCUUCAAGCAAGUCCAAGCUUCCUUUAAAGCUUCAGACGUUUUUUUUUAUUUGGCUCUUCUCUCGAAAAGUCUCUGGAGAUUUGGUUGACUCGUAUGUGUGCCCCCGUCUUUUCCUCCAUAAAAGUACAUUUUUCUUUUAGCUGAUCAUAAAACAUGUUGCAUUUCCGCAUGUUCGACCAAAUCUCAUAGAUGAAACUGACUCAUAUUUUUCCUGAGCUCAUUACAUUAAAUAAUUUUCAAAAAUUUACAGAAUAGUCCGGCACUGGCUUGCACCCCGCCAAUCCUCGCCCCAGCGCCAACGCGCGGCAUAAAUUGGGCAACCGAACUGGCCUCACCGUUAUCAACGACAUUUUUUGGGUGAGUUUCGUGAUAUUUUUUAGCUUCUGAUCUACUAAAAUAAAAAAAGUAUGAUAGAUAUAUGUAAGUCGGAUUUUUGAUAUCUUAUAUAUUUUUCCAGCUGUUGGAAUUUGUUUUAGUUUUUUUUUCUUGAAAGGAUACCAAAAAUUAAAAAUUCAUAUUUUUCUCAAGCUUAAAGUGCAUUCAUCGUUGCGGAACAAGAUCCAUCUCUUUCAUGUUAGCUUGUUAUACAAAAAAAAACGAGAGAGAGGAAAAAAGAUUUUUGAAUUCUUUUUCGUUAAUGAAGUUUUCGAGAAAUGAUCAAAGUUCUUUGACGUUUUUUUGAAAUAUUAUUCAUAGUUUUUUCCUGAAAAAAAUGUUGGUAUAAUUAAUUUUUUGAAAAGAAAUACUAUUAUUAGGUUAAUCAUGUGCACUGAUUUAUGGUCAUUAGAAGCGACUAAUACACAUACAUCUAUAGUUGCUCAUUAGUUUCAUUUCAUUUCAACAAAAAAUAUAUUUUCAGGAUGAAGAUGAAAAUGUAUACUUUUUCAUUAGUUCAUAAAAUUAAUUAUUCAAAUUAAUUAUUAUUAAAAUGUGAUUUUUUUGCAGCCCGACGGGCCUCACGUCACCAGGUCCGUCAGCGUUUUCGGUUGUUCCUCCAAGUAAUACCGCAUCGCUGACAGCCACUGCAACUGUUCCAACAUAUCCAUCGCUAUCACCUUUGUUAAUGUGUUGUCUGCCGAAACUAUUGGAAAACUUGAACAAUUCGACUCAAAACGUACUUCGUAGUCACAUGAACGUAACUGCGUUUAAGCCAAUUCCAAACAACGAAAAGUAAGUUGAAAAAUUGAAAAAGUAUAAUCAAACAUCAUAUGUUCUUUUCAGAGUUGAUCUUGCUAGAUUCCGCGUAAAAGAUCCAAACGACUGGGUUAUUGAUGAUGUUGUUGCUUGGAUGUUAGAUGUUGCUAGAAGGCACGAUAUCCCAUUCGAAGAGCUCAAUAUGCAUGGGGUGAGUAAGAGGAUGAUCAUUGAUACGGAUUUUAGUUUUUUGGCUUCCAUCACACUUUAUUUAUCUUUUUUUCAAGGGUUUCAAUCAAAUAGAUCCCUCCAUUUAUAUUAUCAAUAACAAAAAAAUUUCAGUUUACAUCUGUUACUGGUUCAACAAUGUUGCAAAUGUCAGAGACGUGUUUUCUCGCCAGAGAUCCUGUGUUUGGAACUUUGAUAUUCAACGAGUUCCGAAAGUCAAUUAGUGUCUUGGGUUCGUUUUUUUGUUCUGAUUUUUUAAAGUUUCAAAAAUCAGGUUGGCAUGGUGAUUAAAUAAUCUUUGAGACUUUUAAUCAUGUUGGAAAAAAGGGAAGAGAAAGAAAAAGAGUGCGAACAUUUUUUUUCCACAUUAUAUUAUAUCAUAUCAUAUCUAUAGGUAUUUAGUUACUAUGAAUAAAUAUUCCAGAAGAUCCAUUGUUGGAUAAUAUGAUCUUUGACGAAAGUGACGAAGAAAUCCCAUCAACUUCAUCGCAAUUCACAUCGAAUUUCAAACCCUUCGCCACCUUUGAUCCAGCACUUAUCCAAUCUGUGUCAACAACAAUGGCACCACCACACCUUCCAAUUAUGCAGAAUCAAAUCAAUCAAUUGAGCACACUACAACAAACACUGAUGCAAGCACAAUCACAAUUCAAUCCACAUUUGUUAACACCUCAACAAACUGUGAACGCCGUUUUCAACCAAUCUCUAGCUUCAAGUUUAGCCGCUGGAUUAACCACUGGUUUGUUUUUCGAUGACUAAACCAUUUUAAUCAUGUUUUUUUUCAGGUCUUAGUCCUUUGAACGUAAGCUAUCUUCACAGUGGAUUAAAUCCAGCAUCACCUUUAUUGAGCACUCAUAUUCAGCAACCAAAAAUUUCGCCUCUUGUCAAAUAUCCAGUCAGUAUUUCAACCGAUUAUGAAGCUGAAGGUUUGUUAACUUCUCAAAAAUUAUUAUAAUUCUGGGAAUUAUUUUUUCAGAAGACCGAACGAGUGGUGACUUGAAGAUCAAAAAGAACAAAGAUGGAAAACCAAGAAAACGUUCACAGCAUACAAAGGGAAACAAAUUGUGGGAAUUUAUUCGAGACGCUCUUAAAGAUCCAGAAACUUGUCCUUCUGUUGUCAGGUGAAUAAUUGUUUUUUUUUCUUCUAGGAAUGGCCAUUUUCUCACACCCCCCUCAUACCACUUGAAAUAUGAAAAUUAUGUUAUUUCAGAUGGGAAGAUCCAAUCGAGGGCGUUUUCCGAAUCGUCGAGUCUGAGAAAUUGGCUCGACUCUGGGGAGAACGAAAAAACAACACCAAAAUGACGUAUGAGAAAUUGAGUCGAGCAAUGCGCACUUAUUAUGAAAAACAAAUUCUUGUCCCCGUCCCAAAAACUGGUCUCUACCCGAAAAAACUUGUCUACAAAUUUGGACCUGGAGCGCAUGGUUGGGAGACAAUCAAAAGAGAAAUUAUGUAAUUUGUGAUACUAUGAUGAUCCCAAUAUUUUUUUGUUUGCAAUGUUUUUUUCUCAUUUUUCGGUCUAGUCUACUUCUACUUCCUCGUUUCUUCUUGAUUUGAUCUCGGUUUCAAUUCAUCUUUGCCAUGGUUUUUUCUUUGUGUUCUUUUAUUUAUCAUGUUGUUUUUUUUUCAAAAACUAGUAGUACAAUUUUUUUCUCAUCACUACCCUAGCAUCAAUUACCCUAAAAUUUCAAAAUAAAAAUACAACGAUAAUUAGUGAAUCGCUAGAAAAAAGCGUAUCAUCCAAUUGAAUAUCAUUUGUGUGUGUUUCCGUCAUUUUUUCCUGGUCCAAUUUUAUUCCAACGAUUUUUUCUCUUGUAUCCUGUUUACAUAACAUUUUUUUUUUCAUGAUAGUUAGAAAACACAUAUUAUUUUUCCGAAUAUUUUGGUGUAACAGAUCCUCCGGGUGACUUGCAUUGUUCAUCAUUCCUCUUUUCCUACUAUUCCCACAUUUUUUUUUCCUUUUUUAUUUCUUCUCUCGGUUUUUCUUUGUAUUCACAUAAUUAUUCGAUAAAUUUGAAAAAAAGUAAUGUGGUCUAAAGAUCGAAAAAUUUCAGAAGCAGCUGAAAAACUAUGAAUAUGGAAAUGGCUUUUAAAUGAUGCGAGUUUGUUGAAAUCCCUGGAAAGAAUUUGUUAUUUAUAGAGCUUAAAAUAAUUAAAGAAAUUGUUUUUCAAAAAAUCGAGAAAUCCUCUAUGUGCUCGUGUGAAAAAACAAUUGGUAUUCUAGGACACAGGCAAAUUCAUAUGGAUACAUAAUGGAUACAUUAUGGAUCCAUCAUCCAUAAUCGACCCAUUUCGGUUACAUCAAGGGUCCAUAUAAGAUCCAUCUGACAUCAAUCAGGGGUGAUGUAUCGCUGAUGGGUCUCAGAUUGAUACUCAGCUGAUUGAGCUGAUAGUUGAUUGAUUCAAAAUGGAUCGAGGAUGGAUGAUGGAUCCAUAAUGUACCAAUUAUUGAUAAAUCAUCAAGUCCUCCUUCACAGUAGAGUUUUUUGAACAUGUUUUCUUCCAUUCAUUCUAUUUAAAGAUAAAAAUGAUAAAUGGUGAUUUCGUAGUCACUGCGAAUUCCCGAUUUUUAAAUCUAGCUCGAUUUUAUGGAUAAAAAUGAUGAAUCGCACGAUACCUUUUUAAAUCAACUCACAUGCUUUGCUACAUUUCAAAAAAUAAUGCAGAAAAAAACGUCAAAUUAAUUAAGCUUAAAUCUAGGGCACAAAAGUAGGUCGACAGACAGAUCACUGUUCAAUAUAUCAGAAAGAUUUAUACAAUCUUCUCAUGAGAUCGAUUAUCAUGCAUGCACAUUCUUUUGUUUAGAAGCUUCUGAAAAAGCGAAAAAAAACAUUUACUCAAUUUCGGGCUAAAUUUUGAGCUUUUACGAGUGGUUCAACAAAAGCUGAUGACUGGAUAUUUCUAAGCAGGAAAAACUUUAUCGAAUGGUAUAGUGUAACUGAGUGAAGUUCACAAUAAACAUUCACAUUUCUCAAAAACCGAAAAAUUGGAAACCGCUCGAAACAAGGGAUGAAUUUAUAAUCAUUUUGUUCAGCGUGAAAUUCUGAGUCGAAUGGUAUAUAUCAUUUUCACUCAAGUGCUCUUAAUUGGUGCGCAAAAGUGUAACAUUAAAGGCGCAGACAUUUCAAUGAAUUUAUCCUGCAGCGAAAUGUGUGUGUGUGUACUUCUCUCGGACGAUUUGCACGCCACAUUUUUUUUCUUUUUUUUUUUCGUUUUUUUUUGUUUGUUUCCCGUUUCAUAGAGAAAUUGAGGGUUAAAAACUGCGGAAAACAUAUAGAUUAUGUUCCUCGACUAGGAUCUAGCAGCAAAUGUCAUCAGAACUUUGAAAUUCGCAUAUUGAACAUGAAUUUAGGCCAGAAACUUUGAAAAAUUGGUUUUUUUCGAUUUUAGGUAGUAAAACGAGACAUUUUUUCAAUUUCAUUCAAUUGAAGCAACAUUUAAAUGAAAUGAAAUAGAAGAUUCCGUAUCAGAGCUGAAAAUUGAAAUUCCCUAUAUCGUACUUUCUUGAAUUUCGCACACACUGAUUUACUACUUUUGUCAACUGGUUUUUUUUUUCAGACAUCGCUCUCAUUCAAACGUCGAAAUCGACAUCAACUAUUUGCCAAACAGUGGUAAAUUGAUUAUUUAAAGAACUUCGUGAAUAAAAACAACUUUUCAGGUCACUACAGUGUGUACAAGAAGGUUAUCGAACUAACUGCCUAA